UCUAAAUACUCUGUUUUGAUUUUUCUUUCUUUUAUGGCUUCCAAACACUCUCUUCAUGGGCUACUUCCAGUGUUGAAGAAGUUGCUUCCACAUGGCCAAGGAUCCAAAUCUUUCAGCUAUAUGUCGCUUGUCUUAGUAUUAUUGUCGCUUGUUAUACAUCGUGAUAAAAACCUGGUCACAUGUUUGAGCCGUUAUGAUCGCUACACCCCAAGGCUAGGUCGCAGAGAGUCUGAACUCAAGAACAGGUCCACUUUGCCUCCAAAUCUGACAUUGAAGAACUUUGAAGGUAUUGGCCUUCGAAAGAUGAACAAGGCCAAUGACUCUGGCUUGGCUUCCUAUGUUGCUGGUCAAAUUGACCAUACCUUGAGCUGGAAGGUAAAAGAAUACAACAAAUUGUAA